CGCAUGUGCUCCAAUCGACCACCAGAUCAGAUCGAUCAUGAUCAUCACAUCAUGUUUGGACUGUAGUAAGAGAAAAGCAUAAAGAAGAAAGUCAUGGCUGCGUUGCCAGCUCAACCACCAAAGGAAGCUUCUCCGGCAAAACAAAGUGCGUCGACCAUGAACGAACCGCUCACCGACGGCGUUGACUCACUUCUACUGGCUCGUGACCAAGAUCUUAGACUUUAUUGUCAUCUCCACGCGCCUCCGGUUGAGCGACGCCAUCACGGCGGUCUAUCGUGGGACUACCUCCCCGUCUCCUUCUCCGCGGACGAGACCAGCAUAGUGAAAGACUUUCAGAAGCACGUGAUGCCGCUAGUUCGGCCCAGUUGGACCGAAAAACUGCUCUGGCACCGCGUCUUCGAGGACGGCGUCACUAACAAACUAUUAGGAUUCUUUCGAGAAGAUCCCGGUGCGUCCUCUAGCGCGGACGAUAGUACGGCGGUAUUAGUACGAGUCAACGGGGAAGGGCGAGAGUUAGUCGUGGAUGGAGAGACGGAGAUUCUGGUGAUACUAACCCUUCAUAAAUCCGGCCUCUGCCCGCCGCUGUACCUCGUUGCGGAGAACGCCCUGUGCUACGGCUAUAUCCCCGGACGAGCACUUGCCGGGAACGAAAUGCAGGCAAAACCAUUUUUGCAUUAUGUGCACGUGUGUGCGUGGGCUGAUGGGUGUGUGUAUAAAAGCACACUUUACACACACAUCACACACAAGGUGGUAGUAAAUAGGGCAUUGGUAUCCAGGCAACAGUUGCUGAUGCAAGCUUGUAGCUACUCACUGUGGGAAGGAAUUGUGCAAUAGCUUACUACAUUAUGAAAGACAGCGAUAUAUUAUACAGGGUUUGUAUAGGGCGAAAAGCCCGUGUAAGGAUGAAUCAUUCUAGCAGGACUUCUGGCACGUGUGUUGAAAAAAUGUUUGGGCAAACUCUUAAUUAAACUUGUUACAGUAUUUUGCAGAUCCUGUCUUUUGAUAUUCACUGAGCAAUGGGGGAACCUAUCUGUGUGUGUGAACAAACAAUGUCUUUGUGCUAAAAUGUUUACUUGUUUCUAAAGCGGCAAAACUAACAUUACUGGUGAUUUAUCUGAACAGUGACAUAGGAUGAGAUUAUGUAAUCUUACGCAGUGUGAGGAAGUGUUGGAGGCGACGUCACGAGCUCUGGCUCGCUAUCAUUCCAUUCCUCCCCCACCGUCUAUCAGUGGUAGGGGUCCGUGGGUAUGGCGACAGGCCCGCACGUGGAUGAAACUGGUGUCCGAGUCCUUACACACAGAUGAUCUGGCAUCCCCGAGGUUCAAACAGGUGUUUGGGUCAGUGGAGGAACUGAGACUGGAAAUGGAGUGGCUCAGGACAUUUCUCAGAGCCCCCUCUACUGAUUGGUCACAGGUGAAUGGUAUUGGAACCCACUAUCCUGCUGCUAGCGACAGUGAGGAAGAAGGCUCAGGGGGAAUUUCCCAGUCAGCCUGCGUUCUCUGCCACAACGAUCCUCAACCACUCAACUUUGUCAAGACACCAACAGGUAGUGUUGUUCUCAUUGAUAUGGAGUACAGUGACGUCAACUAUGCUGCUUUCGACGUCGGUGCUUUCUUCUGUGAGUUUGCAGGUGUUCAUGGCACACUGGACUACAGUAGGUAUCCUAGUGAAAUCUUCCAGAAGAAAUGGAUCCGCAGCUAUCUACACGAGUGUGCAAGAAUAAAGGGUCUGAGCCAAGCUACAGUCAGUGAUGCUGAAGUUGAUGGACUAUAUAAAGACGCCAACAACUUUGCUAUGGUUGCACACUUUAUCUGGAGCCUCUGGUCACUUAUACAGUCGAAAAAUUCAAAAAUUAACUUCGACUACCUAGAGUAAGUCUGUUCGUCCAAAAACACGUCAGCGGGCGGCAAAAUAAGCAAGCAUGAUGUGGCAAAACAAGCGAGCGUGCGGCGCUAUAUAUACUACCUCUUUCUUAAGUUAUCUCUUUCCCGACUGACUGAGUCGGCCAAAUCUCCACGUGCAUGCGCUAGCAAAUAUGUUGGAAUUCAGAAUCCACAUUAUUGAGUAAACAUUGUCGGUACACAUGUAUUCCGCGAUGUGAAAUCAAUUAUUUCUACAGACUUUCUAUCGCGAUGCUGCAUUUAGUUUCCCUAAUCCCAUAUUCUCAUUGUUCGUUAAACCCUUUGGACGCCAUGGGUAUCUCCUUAAUUAAUAAGCAGAAAUUGAUGAUAACAUACUAACACCUAGUAUUAUAACCAUAUAUAAAUUCUUAUGGACUUACGGAGGCUCUGGGCAUACAUAUGCCCGUGGCUUGCUAAGGGUUAAUUUUCUCGUGUCCUUUUUACACAGCUAUGGAUGUGCGAGGUACACAGAGUUCAAGAGAAGAAAAUCUAUUAUCAUAUCUCAACUUUGACAUACCGCAUACAUACAAAUCUAUUAUCAUAUUAUCUCAACUUUGACAUACCACAUCACAAUAAUGAUGAUAUUUAUGCAAAUUAUAU